GGAUCCGCUGGUAUUUCCUCGCGUACACACGUGAGGUGCUACGCUGUCAAGCGUCGAGGUUUGCGUGGCGGCGAUUGUUUACCAACUAGGUCAGUCUGGCAUACCCGCUCACACACACACAGCAGUUGGAAACAGCAAAAAUAGAACCGCACCGUUCGCCAGAAUCAUUUUUCUUCGAGGCCAGAGAACGUUACGAUGGAUCCCAACCCUCGCGCCGGUGACGAGGCGUUGAUCAAUCCCGAGCCCGCGCCGGCGCGGAGUGAGGCGACCGAGGCCUCGCUAGAUAGCGCUGUGGCAGACACAGAGGCGCCCCACGCCGUCCUCGCCGAAGUCCAUGUGCAACGAGCACCAGCAGAGGAUCAGGAGGGAGCAACGGAGGAGGAGGAAGAAGGAGAUGGGGACGGGGACGAAGAUGAGGGCUACGCCGCGGAGUAUCGCAGCCUUCUCUUCCGUGUGGCAGACAUGGAGACGCAAGAAGACCAGCGAGGUCGUCAGCAAGACUUUGCGCUACGGAUGGCGCGGCGGGAAGCACAGCUGCUGGCGCGUGUUGUGCAGCAACAACAAGUGUUUCUCGCGGCACGUUUACGUCCGCAAACGUCUGCUAUUAAUCAUAGCGAUAUGAGGGACAAGGAGCAGGUGGGCGACGCCGCACCGGAACCGUUGACUUCCUCCGAUGCCGUGAAGCACAUUGUGGAGAGGGACGCGCGCAUCUCGUGUUUUGCGUAUCGCGCGGAGCGUGCACAGCAGCGGCAGCGGCAACUCGCCGACGCCACAGCGCAGCUGAAGAACCACGCGCACGCCGUACAGCAGGACGUAGAAUACAGCGCAGCGAUGCAUGAAAAGGCGGAAGGAAUUGCCGCGCAGCUGUGCGAGGACGCCGGUGUUGUUUUCACCUCUGUGGGCUUGACGACUACGGAAGGUGAAGAAGGUGCUACUGCUGCGGCGGCGGAUGAUGAUCUGUCGUCUCUUCCGCUGUCCCCAUCCAUUGUCAGCUGGCAAAAGCACAGCUCCAACCUGACAACCCUGGGCGGCACACUAGCCAAGGUACACACGCUUUUUCAAGACCCUGUCUGUCGCACAAACAUGGCAGUUGUAGCGGCGCACCUGACCCAACUCGGCCGGCAAUCGCAGCAGCUUCUGCGCGAACUGCAGUGCCUCACGCAAAGCGAGGCGAAGCUCGAAGCGGCGUUGCAGCGCAGCCGCGCCAAAACCGUCGAGUGGGGUCUCUACGCGGCGCACGCACAGCAGGCACGCGAUAUGCGUGACAUCUACUCCCCGGUGACCGUGGCAGAGAUGCGUGUGAUGGCGCUGCGCAAGCUGCUGCUGCGUCGCCGUCAGGAGCUGCAGAACGCCUUGACCGUUGCCCUCCUGCGGGAGGCGGAGCACGCUGUGGAUGUCACCUCCGUUGACGGUGCACCUGCCGUCUCCUUUUCCUCUCCCCCGGCCGAAGUCACCGUCGAGAAGAUGAAGGCCGCCGCCGACGACUGUGCGCGGCGGGAAGUCCUGCGGGACCGCCUCUGGCGCGAGCUGUUGUUUCUGAAAAAGAAUGCUCGGCGCGAGUUUGGUGUGGAAUGGAUGGCGCAACUGGAGGCGCUGGCGGUGCGCACGAUAGCCGCUGACGGCGACGAUGACGGUGACGGUGCUGAUGUGCGACGACUUGUCGAGACGCUGCAGGACAACCUGCGCGCGAGCACGUACGAUGGCUUGGCGCGUGUGGUGCGCUUGGCGGCGCUGCCUCCAGUGGGAACUGCCGAGACCGUCGAAGGUGGUGCGGCGUUAAACGUCGAACACGAGAAUGAUGGAAGAGGAGAUGCAGAGCACACAGAGUUUUCGCUCGUCGAAGCGCCCCCACCCCCCUCCUCCCCCACACCGCCGUCGCUCGGCUCCCCGACCGCGUCGUACACCCCUCGCGUGCAUGCGCUGGCGUUGCUGGAGAGCGUGCAGACCCGUGUCAACUCCAUCACCUCCCUGCUGAUGGAAAACGCCAAGCACUGGCAGCGGGUGACGGACGCGGUGGUGGAGACGACGUGGGGCAGCAGUGCACGAGACGAGGCGUGGCCACGCACCGCCGAGCUCCUGCUGCGUCGGUGCUGCACGAACGCAGGCGGUAACCGCGAUGCCGAGAGUCUCGGCGGUGUCAAAGAACGCUCCUCUCUUCUAGAAAUGGAACAGCACAUCCUCGACGUGCUGAGCACCGCAGAGAGCCGCAUUCUCGCCGAAGUGAAUGCGGCGCUCACGCAGAUGCGUACGCAGUGCACUGCGCCUUUGCUGCAGGUGAAGCGUGAAGUCGCCCUCCUCGUGCGGCUGCUGCAGUUGGCUGACGAGGCGUACGCGAGCAGCACGAAUGGGACCCGCACCACCCCCGCGUUGGAGAGCGCCGUGCAUUUUCUUUGCAGCGGUCGUGACAGCGCGGAUGCCGCUCGUCCCGCUGCGUUGCAGCAACAGGAGACGGCGGACCCCUUCGAUGCGCUUCUUCGCAUGGAUGAUGUGACUCUUUCACGCAUCCGCCUCCCGCAAGCUCCGCAGCACGCCGAUGCUCUACAAGCAGCGAUGGGCGCGGUGUCGGCCGAGUGGCAGCAGGCGCUGCGCGCGGACACGGAGACGCUGCGAUCCAGUGUGGCGGCGAAGCAGGCGAGCAUGGAGCAGUACGCGCAGUACUCCAUGGCGGAUGUCCCCGCGUUACUGGACAAGGCACGGGCGGAUGUAAAAACGUUGAAGGGGCAGCUGGUCGAGCACGCCGCGCAGUCCGGCCGUGCCGCCACUCUCGUCUCGCAAAUAGGGGAGCAGCGGCAACUGCUCGAGCGGCGAACGGGCAGCGAGAGACGUGCGCUCGAGACGGCGGUGCAGGGGGCACACAGAGAGGUGCAGUCGCUAGAGGCGGAGCUGGUGUUUUUGCGUGCGAGGAGGUCGGUGUUCGAGGCGGAGAGCAGCGGGCGCAGAACAACGCUGGCGGCGGAAGAUGCGAAGUGGGCAGCACUCGUGGAAGAGACGCGAAAACUCUUGUUGAUGACGCUGGAGUCUGUCAUUGUAAAGCACGAAGAAGAUGAAGAUGACGGAGGGGUACGAACAGCUGCAGCGUACACUGGAAUGAAAGAGGAAGGGAGAGGCGGUGAUGAACAUGCAGAGGCAAUUCCGUAUGAAGAGGACAAGUACAAGGAGGCGGCAGCGGCAGCAGAAGACGCAGAUGAAGCGAACUCCGGCACGGGGGAAACCGGCGGAGGAGAAGAGGAAGACGAGGAGUAUCGCAAUCCCACGUCCGCUGAGCUGCACGACGCGCCGGAAGGCGACGGUGACGAAGAGGGCCAGGUGCGAGAAGAGUCGGAGGCGGAGGAGGCGACCCGCGACGAUGACGAUGAUGCCCGACAGGCAGAGGAGGCGUCACCCAACGAGGAGGCCACCACCACGCGAACGGAAGACGCAGGCACCGCAUCAGGUUCCGCCAGCAGCACCUCUCCACUUGUCGAAGGCGAUACUCCAGGCGAAGACGUGGCGGCAGACGAAGAGGUCAGCCGUGCGGAUGCGGCCGCUGCGGUUGCCGCGGAGGCUGCUGCAGACGAGGAGCCGGUGCUGCUCCCGCCUCAAGAGGAGAGACACCUCAGCGUCCUCGGCGACCCUUCUGGCGUCCUCGGCGUCGGAGUUGCGGAACUUCCACCCAUCUUGGGUGGAAACCCCAACGUGAGAGGUGUGCAGCCGCAUGCCGCUGGUGCUCCCCCGGUCCUCCCCACUCCACCCACGACGUCGACAAACGCAGUGCUGGAGGAUAAUCCCUUCUACUCCGGCUUCGGCUUUGGCGAGUCGUAG